UUUCUCACAUUUGGUCAAGCUAGCCAUUUUUCUCACCGGCACAAAGUACUUAAACAAACAUAUCAUGUCUUUUUUUUUUUUCUCUUAAUCUAAAUCCAGUUUUUCCUUAACAAAACCCGAACUUGUUUCGUGUUUGGUACAAAGGAAGAUGUUGAGAAACCGACUUGAGUUCUUCUUCUCCUCUUCUUCUUCUUCUACUCAUUAAACAAAAAAAAAGUUGCAAUCUUUUUCCCUGGAUUCUUGUUUGCAACCUACCUAUAAUUCUGGUCAGAUCUGCAUUUGUUGUUGUCGAAACCAAAAAGGAGGAAGACGAAGAAGACGAAGAAGAACAUCGGAGGACUAAGUAAAGUUUGUAUCUUGGGGGUUUCUUGGCUACGAAUUCAUGACUUCUUGGCUCAAUAAGAUUUGAGAGCGUGAAGGGUCUUUGAGAAGUUGUUACAAUGGCGUCUAGAGAAGGAAAGAGACGUAAUCAUCAUCAUAAUCAUCAUGAUGAGAAGCUUGUGCCUCUUGCUGCUUUGAUAAGUAGAGAGACGAAAGCUGCUAAAAUGGAGAAACCUAUUGUGAGAUUUGGACAAGCUGCUCAAUCUAGGAAAGGAGAAGAUUAUGUCUUGAUCAAGACUGAUAGUCUUCGAGUUCCUUCCAAUUCUUCAACUGCUUUCUCUGUUUUUGCGGUGUUUGAUGGGCACAAUGGAAAAGCAGCAGCGGUUUAUACAAGGGAGAAUCUGUUGAAUCAUGUUAUUAGUGCUCUUCCUAGUGGGCUUAGCCGUGAUGAGUGGCUUCAUGCUUUACCUCGUGCAUUAGUUUCUGGAUUUGUGAAGACCGAUAAGGAGUUUCAGAGCAGAGGGGAAACUUCUGGAACAACAGCAACGUUUGUGAUAGUAGAUGGAUGGACUGUGACCGUUGCGUGUGUUGGGGAUUCCCGGUGCAUCUUGGAUACUAAGGGUGGUUCUGUUUCCAACCUUACUGUGGAUCACAGGCUCGAAGAUAAUACAGAAGAGAGGGAACGGGUUACUGCUAGUGGUGGAGAAGUUGGCAGGCUAAGCAUUGUCGGAGGUGUUGAGAUUGGUCCUCUACGGUGUUGGCCUGGAGGUCUCUGCCUUUCAAGGUCUAUUGGGGAUAUGGAUGUUGGGGAGUUCAUUGUUCCAGUUCCCUUUGUAAAGCAAGUGAAGCUAUCAAACAUUGGCGGAAGGCUUAUAAUCGCCUCGGAUGGCAUAUGGGAUGCUCUCUCCUCAGAAGUGGCUGCCCAAACUUGCCGUGGAUUACCCGCUGAUCUAGCUGCAAGACAAGUAGUUAAGGAAGCAUUGAGAAAAAGGGGACUUAAGGAUGACACAACCUGCAUUGUGGUUGACAUAAUCCCACCCGAGAACUUCCAAGAGCCACUGCCUUCACCUCCUAAGAAGCACAACAACUUCUUUAAAUCAUUGCUCUUUAGAAAGAAAUCAAACUCAUCUAACAAACUCUCCAAGAAACUUUCCACUGUUGGUAUCGUUGAAGAACUCUUCGAAGAAGGUUCCGCAAUGCUCGCAGAAAGGUUAGGAUCAGGUGACUGUUCUAAGGAAUCAACAACAGGAGGAGGGAUAUUCACGUGUGCAAUAUGUCAACUAGACUUAGCUCCAAGCGAGGGAAUAUCAGUCCAUGCAGGUUCAAUCUUCUCGACAAGCCUAAAACCGUGGCAAGGACCGUUCUUAUGCACAGACUGUCGUGACAAAAAGGACGCGAUGGAAGGGAAACGCCCAAGCGGAGUUAAAGUCAUAUAGAAUGAAAGAUGGUAAUCUGCAUCAUCUUGCACACACACACUCUCUAUUCGUUCAUUAUAAUUCUUUCUUCUUUUGUUCUUUUGUUGUUACAUCUACGCCUCCAUUCGAAUAAAAAUUUGAGUAGACCUGAUUCUAUAUGGAUCUGAGAAUCGGGUUCGAUAUAGUGAGUUUGAUUGAUUGGUAUACAAUGUGUAAAAGCUUGUGUUUAUGCUGAAAACAAAACAGAUAUAUGAAAAGUUUGGAUAAAACUCUUUAUC